UGCAUCGGGUGAAAUCUUGAACGCCGGCUUCUGGUCGAGCGGGGCCGUCCUUAGUACCGGCGUCGUUCCCAGAAUACCACGGGGCAGAAACUAGCAAAAGUCCGAACUUAAAGCUAAAAAGAAAGGAACGGAAAAAGCACAGACAGCGCUGAUAUUUUCACAUUCAAAAGCUUCUGCAUUUUUGGAAAAUGGCCGACGACGAGAAACAAGAUAAUCAGCGGAUAAAGAAUUUCAAAAACAAGGGUCGGGAUCUGGAGACCAUGAGAAGGCAGAGGAACGAUGUGGUUGUGGAAAUCCGAAAGAACAAGAGGGAUGAGCACCUCCUGAAAAGAAGAAAUGUUCCGCAGGAAGGUGGCUGCGAAGACUCCGACGUUGACGGGGAUCUCCAGGGGCAGAGUACCUCUUUAGAAGCAAUAGUACAGAAUGCAACCAGUGAUGACCAGGGAGUUCAGCUGUGUGCCGUGCAGGCUGCCAGGAAGCUGUUGUCCAGUGACCGCAACCCUCCCAUUGAUGAUUUGAUCAAGUCGGGAAUUUUGCCCGCGUUGGUGAACUGCCUGGACAGGGUUGACAACCCUCCUCUUCAGUUUGAAGCGGCCUGGGCUCUGACCAACAUCGCGUCUGGCACCUCGGAGCAGACCCAGGCAGUGGUGCAGUGCAAUGCUGUGCCCAUGUUCCUGAGUCUGCUGCUCUCCCCACACCAGAACGUGUGUGAGCAGGCCGUGUGGGCGCUAGGCAACAUCAUCGGUGACGGCCCUCGCUGCAGGGAUUACGUCAUCAGCCUGGGCGUGGUCAAGCCCCUGCUGGCCUUCAUCCGACCGACCGUCCCCAUCACCUUCCUCCGCAACGUGACCUGGGUCAUGGUCAACCUGUGCCGCCACAAGGACCCGCCCCCUCCUCUGGAGACCGUCCGGGAGAUACUCCCAGCCCUGUGUGUUCUGAUUCACCAUACAGACGUGAAUAUCCUGGUGGACACUGUCUGGGCGCUGUCCUACCUGACGGACGCCGGGAACGAUCAGAUCCAGAUGGUCAUCGACUCGGGAAUCAUCCCUCACCUGGUGCCCCUCCUCGACCACCAGGAGGUCAAAGUUCAGACGGCGGCUCUGAGAGCGGUGGGGAACAUCGUGACUGGCACGGACGAGCAGACCCAGGAGGUUCUGAACUGCGACGCCCUGUCCCACUUCUCAAACCUGCUCACGCACCCCAAGGAGAAGAUCAAUAAGGAGGCCGUGUGGUUCCUGUCCAACAUCACCGCCGGGAAUCCACAGCAGGUGCAGGCGGUGAUCGACGCCGGCCUGGUGCCCAUGAUCAUUCACCUGCUGGACAAGGGGGAUUUCGGGACACAGAAGGAAGCGGCUUGGGCCAUCAGUAACCUGACCAUAAGUGGGAAAAAGGAGCAGGUGGCGCACCUGGUCCAGCAGCAGGUGAUCCCGCCCUUCUGCAACCUGCUGACGGUGCGAGACUCCCAGGUGGUGCAGGUGGUGCUGGACGGGCUCAGGAGCAUGCUCAAAAUGGCCGACCAGGAGGCGGACACUGUCGCCGGGAUCAUCGAGGAGUGUGGCGGUUUGGAAAAAAUUGAACAGUUACAGAAUCACGAAAAUGAAGAAAUCUACAAGCUGUCCUACGAAAUAAUUGAUCAGUUCUUCUCCACCGAUGACAUCGACGAAGACUCCAGCUUGGCGCCCGAGACCGUUCCGGAGGGGAUGUACGGGUUCGACUCUUCCGCCAACUUGCCGACAGAAGGGUUCCGUUUCUAGACUCGACCCCUCAGUGCUGGAGCCGUCCGGUCGUUGUAGGCAAAAAACUUGGGGAGAGGGAUAGAGAGAGCGAGUGAGAGAGAGAGAGAGCGAAUGAGUGAAUGAGUGAGGGUGAGGGAGGAUGUCGGACGGUGGGCUCCGCGGUCGCCCCCGACACCCCGGAGGAUUUCGUGAAGCCGUUGCCAUGGGAGACGGAGCUGGAGGCAGCACCGGGCCGUCCCAGGCAAGGAUGGGUUGGAAGCUGGGAAUGCAAGCAAGUGUGAGCGCAAGAGGUUUAGUAUUGGGGGAAUAAUUAUUCUUUUUUUUUUUUUUUUUUUUUUUUUUUUUAAUUCAUUAAAAGGAAAAAAACACAAUCUGCACCGUGCCAGUAGAACACGACUGCGUAAGAACUGUCACAUCUAGAAACGGCGUAAGCUGUUAACGUCAGAGUGUGACUGCCCCUUUUUUUUUUUUCUUCUUUUCCUUUUUUUUAAAAAAAAAAUCUACACUGAAGCGUAACAGAGUGACUAGUUUUUGUGCUGCUGAAUUUAAAGAUAACCACGUCCACUGAAUAUUGCUGAGAGACAUUCCGGGAGACUGCGGAGUUUCCGGAUGCUUCCGCUGGUUGUGCAGAGGCCGGACGUGGACUAGGAAAUAACGUAAACAACGGAAGCUCGGCUGGAAUUGAAGUCGAAAAGCUGAGGAAGAACAGUAUCAUGGCUUCGAGGAACAGAGCAGGGCAGGGAAGGGAAGGGGCGGGGUACCCCUUCUGAUUGGCUGAACUCUGCUGAAGGGGCGGGGCUUACCUCCAGCAGCCCCCGCCCUGUCCCCACCCCCAGCCUGCCAUCCCGACCACAGACAGACAGACGCAGUGGGUGUCCGAGAAGGAAAGCUCAUCCCCGAAACACACGAUCGCGCCGGAAAGGAAGGAAGAAAGCAGGACCCCCCCCCCCGCCCCCGCUGCCCGAAAGAGAGGCGCAAACCCAAAACGCUCGCUCCAUGGGGCGGGGCCUGCAAACGUCCCGCUGCUUUUCCCGUUUGACCUUCCUAGCGAUUUAUUUUUUAUUUCUGUUCUUAUUAUUUUUUGACUUUUAUGUUUUCAGUGCUUGCGUAACAAAGUGCCCGUCCCCACACGCCCCGCUUUACCUGGCCCACUGUCCCACUCUCCACACCUGGACCUUUCUGUGACGCUGUCCAGUUUGCACCCGAGUACCUUACUGUGAGUAAAGUGUUUCUCCCCGGUCAUAGUGAGGAAUUUCUGAUGGUUUUCAUUUAAAUUUUUUUUUUUUUUUUUUUUUUUUUUUUUUUUUUUAAAGGAAUUUUGUAACACCUUUUUGAAUUGGGCUGGAGUUGGUGGAGGUGACCUUUUUUGUUUGGGGACUUAGUUGGGACUAUUUGCAACAUUCCAUGUCAGGGCCUUGUGGUUUAAAAAAAAAAAAAGAAAAGAAACUUAACCUAGAUAUGUACGACUCCCAGAACCUGUUGGGGAAACAGGUAGGGUUGUCCCUCAAGAGAAAUAAAUACUGAAUCCCAACCGUG